GUGGCCGCUUAUCUAGCCAGCGGUAGAGUGCCUUCAUACACACGCGCGCCUUUGCUUGAGUGGUGACAUCUCAGCCAUUUUUCCGCUCAAUUGUUUUUCAUGCCUUUUGAAGUGCGCGUAAUCCGGUGUCACUCAGCUCGAGCGCGUAGCUUUAGCUAAUGCAUAGACGCCAUUUUACCGCCCGAGUCAUGCACCGAGUGCGCGAGAGCGUCACGCGCUGGCACAUUUAGUGCAACAAUGGAUGUCUUCACCCUGAGACAGACAGACAUGCAGGCACCCUAGCCAGCGGAAAAUGGACGCGCCCGGGGUAGGUGGUGUGGCUUAUACCGCAGAUGGGCCACGUCCAUAAUCAUUUCCAGGGGUGCGCCAGCGGCACAUUAACCCAAAGGGCGAGGGAAGACACGCCCUCUUCGAGGAAUGCGGCCUUGCCUCCGUAUCUGGGAUGACGUCACCAUAACGCUCCCACGGCCACACGGCCUGCGUGUGCUAGGCCUAGAUAGGGAGACGGGAAACACGUGUUUCUCAUACGCAGACGCAGACGACGUUGCGAAGGAGCAGACGACGCUCAGAUAGGGGGUCGCGAUCAGCCAAUCAGGGCUCGGCGUUCUGAUGUCACCACUACCCCUUGCGCAAGAAGCAGACGAACACCAUUAUUUAACGGCGGAGGCCUACUGCGAGCUUUCAGAUUGGAAAGUAAAGCCCCGGAGCUCAGACGAGCGAGUGACUUGCUGCCUAGACAACCGAUAAAGGCUCUAGACUCGAGCGCGCGGUUAAAUAGGAGAACGAAACAAUGCCUGGUGUGGACACCGCAGCCGAUGGCAAACGACUGGUCGGUAAACCAGUCACCGUGAUUGCAGUUAAUAAGCAAGGCAAGCUCAUUCUAAAUUCUGAGGCGCUUCGAAGUGUUUUGCUCCAGAAGGACGUUCGGAACCUCCCCGUGGUCGUGCUCUCGGUGGCCGGAGCCUUUAGGACUGGCAAGUCUUCCAUACUCAACGUGUUACUCAGGUUUCCUUUCCUCCAAUUCAAGAACUGGCUGGGCGAUCCGGAUAAGCCACUGGAAGGCUUUCCCUGGAUGUCCGGUAGUGACCCACACACCGAGGGCAUCGUGUUUUGGAGUCACCUGUUCAGGGCCACCACCGCAGAUAAGAAAAAGGUGGCAGUCCUUUUGGUAGACACCCAGGGUUCCUUUGGUACAAGUGCGUCGACCACCGUGAGCGUACACAUCCUCGCCCUCAGCGUGCUCAUAUCGUCGAUCCAAGUAUUCAACGUAAUGAGGAAUCUACAAUUGGAUCAUCUCCAGCAUUUACAGAUGUACUACAAAUACGGAAAACACGUACAAGAGCUGGAGGGCGGAACGUCAGGCUUCCAGCUGUGUGUCUUCCUGGUGCGUGAUUGGCAGUGGCCAAAAGAGUACGAGUACGGCUGGGAAGGAGGCGAGCGACUUCUCCAGAAAAUACUCGGGGUGGAGUCAAAAAACAAAGCGACCGAUGAGCUGCGCGACCUGCGCACCUACUUCGAAUCGUGCCUCUCUUCUCGAAACUGCUUCCUGAUGCGUCCACCAAGGCUUACCGACGACGGCUGCAGCCUUAAUGGGGCAGUUAAUGGUAUUACACCAUCCUUCAAUGAGCACCUCAGAGAUUUCGUGCGGGGAGUACUUUCUCCCAGUACACUCGUCGUCAAGACUUUGCAUGGAGUGCCCCUCACUGCCUCGGAACUGUGCAAGUUUGUUGAGAAAAUAACACCAGUGUUUUCUUCCGAGGAACUUCCGGAGCUUGACCUUAUGGUCGUGAAAACAGAUGAAUACCUCGCGGAGCUUGCGCGAGAGAAAGCUUUGAUGGAGUACUGUUAUUGUAUCAAACAGGUAUUCCUGUCUGAUGGAACAUUAAUUUCACCUGAGGAACUCAAGCAGAAGGAAAAGAACAUGCGGAAAAAGGUCCUGGAAUCAUUCGACAAUGCAGCACGUCUGAAGCUCAAUGAAUGCAAAGAGAAAGAACGGGAAACUUUGACCAAGGAAUUGAAAACGAUUUUUAGUGCUUUCUGGAAAAGCUACCAGGACGUCAGGAAGAAGUACGAAGAAAGCAAAAAGUUGCAGGAAGAUCUUAUGAUAGCGCAUGAGAGCUUAUGCGCCAUUGCCCGUGCUGCAUCGUCGCUCGCCGAUAUCAUGCCUGCGAAGGCCAUCCCUACGGCAAUCCUCGCUGCGACGACAAUCGCUGCGCAUCUAGCUGCUGUUGGCACUGACGUGGCCGCAAAGGUUACAGAUCGGAAGAACAAGAAGGAUUUAGCGGACGGAGCAAGAAAGCUUGCAGCCGACUUGGAGGAAAAACAGUCUUAGGGGGGAGAGUUGGACGCCGAUGACUCGACAGGUCUUAUUCGAUAAGUGUAAGCAAUAAUGGCUUCCCAGUGCAUGCAUAAAGAUGGGCUUCUUUGCUCCUCUACUUGUCGGUUCUUGCUUUUUAUUAUGUGCCAUGUGCCAGCUGCAGACGUGUCAUGGCGAUGCACGAGGCACAUACGAGCUUUGUUUGUCACGUUGAAAUAAAAGAACCUGUUGCAGA